CCCAGACGUCAGUAAUUGCACUGUAUAAGAGCCUGAGAAGAGUACUGUGUGUACAGCUCCGUGUCGGUGUAUGUUGACGUGCGUAGCAGGACCUGAGCCAGCCCGAGUACGAUGGGCUUCUGGGCGUUUGUGGGCCUCUUGCUGGUGAACUGGUGGACCGCGUUGGCGUUCGCCGGAGCCCUGGGGUUCCGGUUCUGGUACAGAAAGAACAUCGGCUUCUGCACCUGUCAAAACCGGCUCGAUGGACGGACCGCUCUAAUCACCGGCGCCAACACAGGUAUCGGGCUGGAGACGGCAAAGGACCUAGCCCGUCGAGGGGCCCGAGUGCUGUUGGCCUGCAGGGACCCCCAGAAAGGACAGAAGGCGCUAGAGCUGGUGCGCGCGGAGGCGUCGAAGGGCGCGGCGGUGAAGCUGCUGCCGCUGGACCUGGAGUCGCUGGCGUCGGUACGCGCCUGCGCGGCCACCGUCCUCUCCACGGAGCCGCGCCUCGACAUCCUCGUCAACAACGCCGGCGCGGGCUAUCUGGGCAACCGACAGACGGAGGACGGCCUGCACCUCGGCCUCCAGGUGAACCACUUUGGGCCCUUGCUGCUGACGCUCCUGCUGGCGGACUUACUGGAAAAAUCUUCGCCGUCGCGAAUCGUGUUCGUGUCUUCCAUAAUGCACGAAAUUGCCACCCUGAGGGCCGAGAUGUUGGACUACGAUCGCGCGAAAAGAAUCCCGGAGUUGCAGAUUUACGCAAUAAGCAAACUGGCAAACAUCCUCGUGGCCAACGAGCUCUCUCGACGUCUGCGCAGUGCAGGUGUGACUGUGAACAGUCUUCAUCCCGGUGCUGUGCGGACAGAGAUCUUUCGUUAUUCGCCUUACGGAAUUGACCAACUGAUUCCGUUCGUAUUUGGAGUAUUUGGAAAGACCCCUUUGGAAGGUGCGCAGACGUCCAUCCAUUUGGUCGUGUCCGAGAAGGUGGCGGGAGUCACAGGCCGCUACUUCCGAGACUGCAAGGAGGCGCCAAUGGCAAGGACAGCCGAAGACUAUGAGCUCUCCAAGGCGGUGUACAAGAAAAGCAUCGAGCUGUUGAACCUGAAUGAGAGAGAGUGCCCGUCUUUCUUACGGUGACCAGUGACGGUUCGUGGAAAAACUUUCGAACAAACUAUGGAAACAUAAUUUCUUCUGACAUUCAUACAUGCCACACAUGAACGUGGGGUAGGAGACGGCAUAUUGCUUUUGAUAUUGGAGAAUGGUGCACAUUACAGUUCACACAGCUUCAGAAAUAAUAUACAAAAUCCCAUCCCUCUACAUCAUUUUAUUGCAGUUUUCUAUUCGCAUACCUUUGAUACUUUUAUCUUAGGUGAUAAUUAUUAACACGCUUACUUUUAUCUCCGUAAAAUAAGAGGGACACGUUUUUAGUUUCAAUAGUUCAGGGUUACAAAUGAGUUGCAAGAGUUGCUGAGAAUUCAGUUUUUUGAACUCUGCAUUAAUGGGAUUCAUUUUAAAGUUAAUGUAAAAUGUUGAGUAAUUGGUGAUAAUUUUUACAAUUACCUAAUGCUCUUAUUAACAAAAUGAAAAGUAUUAAUAAUAAUUCACAUCAAAUGUUACGACAUUAAGGUGACAAUUAUUGUAAUUAGUUAACAUAACAUUGUUUUAAUGGAUGCAUUAUGAGCGAUGCUUUUUAAAACAAAAAUGACAUACUGAAAGUGCUCCAUAACACCAUUUAUGCUCCCUCUUUGUAAAGUUUCGAUUCCUUCAAAGCCAAAAACUCGUAAAAAGUGAUUAGAAUACUUCGCAAUGAAAGUGAUAUUACAUUGUUCUUAAAGUGAAAUGUGCUUUAUUAUUUGUAACCAAAGAGAGAUGGUGUUCUAAGUGGGAAAUCUUGUCAAUUUUCUUCGCACAAUUUGCAUCGUUUCAAAAGAAAUUUUGAUCAGUUUUUGAUGUUUUAUUAUGCUGUGUAGUUUUUAAGUUUCGAAAUAGUAAACUUAUGUACUUAAUGCAUAAGAAGUUACCAAUAUUCAAUUGUGAUAUUAUACGUUUUAAACCAAAAAAUAAAACGCACAAUUUAAGUUAGUUCUGAUAGAUAUUCUUUAGUGUAUUGGUAUUGUACUAAUUGGAAACUUUAACACUCUCCAUAUGUCAGUAAAAUUCACAAAUUUUGUUGUCAAUUCUCUUUUGGAUUCCGUUAACAAGUGUGCUAGAGAUUAAGGUAAGGUUUGUAUAAAAACCGUGAUCAAUAAAAAAACAAUGUCUUGAUGUUACACUUAAAAAAAUGUAGUGCUCUCUUU